AUGAGGACGCUCGUAAGCGACAGAGCGACAGUGGUCCCAUACGCCAGUCUAUUUGAAUUAGCGAUGGAAGCACAGCCAACAACCAGCAGAUCAAGAAAAGAAAGACUGCCCAUGGAAGAAGGAGGGACUGGUGAACAGGAGAAGGAAAGAACCAGGCAAGAGGGUGAUACUAAAUUGGUGAAGAAAGAAGGCAAAGAGGAGAGGGCAUACCUAGUUCAAGAUAAUACUAGCUUCAGCAAUCCAGAACUCGUUCACCAGUGCACCGAGGGCACAGUAACCGAAAACAUAAAGCACACAAGAUUAGAGCGCUGGCCCUGGUCGUUUUUUGCAGUAGAUACUUUGAUGAUCUUGAAGAAAUACUUGGACUCAGGAGUACUAUUCACUACCAAGCCACGCACUCUAGUGCGCGAGACGAAGGCCUGUAUCUGCGGCUCUGCUACGACGAGGAAGAGCGGACUCGGACGAGAUAUGGGCAUCGAAUAUUAUGAUACUUGUGAGUCUGGAUGGGAUUAUCCUGGACAACCAGAAGAUCUCCAAGAGGUUAGAAUUAUUUUCAGGGCAGGAUCUUCUUGUGGCGGAUAA